GAUAACAUGGACUGACAAGCGGCCUCCGCCGGUUCCCGGCCCCAGACCACCGCUCCAAGUGCUUGGAUUCCCACCGUUCGGAACACACGUAUUGGCAGGAGCACGUGUGGGGGAGGAGACACCCGUUACCCCACCAGAGGUCAAGAUCCCGGUGCUUACUCAGGGAGGGACCAGCCAUGCGAAGGACUCGAGUGGAGGAGCUGAUGGUCACGAGUCAGCCGAGACAUCUCUAAGUUUGGGAAGACAACCCAGAUCACUCGACCAGGGAGCAAGGCCACCACCCCGAGUCGAGGAGCAAAUGCUGACCAUGACAAGGAGCGAGAUGCAAAGAAUGAUUGCAGAGGUAGUGACAGCCCAAAUGAAGCAGACACAAGAGGGAGAGUCGUUGCAAGAUUAUGUGGCCAGAUACACGCGAGCAUGUGUCGAUGUGCUUUCAGCCACUGAGGAAAUUAAAUCGGGAGGGCUCACUAGGGGAUUACUCCCAGGACUGCGCAUAAAUUCUUUGGCAAAGCGGCCUGGGAGGACUUUUGAUGAGGUUCUGGGAAGGUGUGCCAAGUAUAUGAAUGUGAAAGAAGCAGAAGCCGACUUCUUGCAAGCGGCAAGGGCAAAAACCGAACCCCGAGAGGAGAAGAAGGAUAAAAAGCCAAGUUUGACGUUAGAAAAAAAGGAACCCCUGAGAAUGGAUAGAGAGGGACAGUCGAGGGGGUGGAAGCCGACUCAGUACACCCACUUGUCGGCCCCAAAUGCGAGAAUAUUAGAAGUAAUGGAGAAGAAAAUCCAUGAUAAUAUUGUCAGGUGUGUAACGCCCCGUUCGAUUUGUAGAAUUUCUCGCAAUAUUCUAUUUGUCGAAUAUUGCCUGAAUUCGCAACACCCGACCACCAUCCAAGGCCAAAUCGAGCAUCGCCGAGAAAUUUCAUCACAGCCCCGUCCUUUGGUUACAGCUGAAAACUUCGACUCCUCCCAGGCGCGAGCGAGCAGCAGGUUAGGUUAUUGCCACCGUCGAGCAACCCCCGACAGUCCCGAACGCGGCCAGGGAUCAUUCUCGCACGACCAACACCUGUUCUCGGUUAUCGCUGCUCCAUCGAGAAGUCCCUUCACCUCGCUCGCCGUGAAAUCCCGUAACUGUUUGCCACAGCAGUCGCCGUACACCCCGUCGGUCUUCGUUCAGGCCCGUACAGUCGAAACACUCCCCGUCGGCUUUUGUUUAGUGGCCCGAGCAACAGAGACAACCCUUUUCAGACCCGA